AUGCUUGGAAUCGUUGACUCAAGCAGGACAAACAACACCAGCAUGUCGCAUUCUACUCAAGGUCAAAAGCGAACCAAGUCAUACAUGGCGUGCUCCCAUUGUCGACAGAGACACAUCAGGUGUGAAGCUGGCGAGGAUUAUCGAAAGCCUUGCAAGAGAUGCAAGCGCAAGGGACUCGAAUGCAUAUACGAACCAGUAGGAUCUGGCGGCUCGUCGAGCUCUGACGCUGGCAACGCUGGCAUAACCAUUCCAAAGGUGCCAAACUUCGAUACCCCAGGCUAUAACACUGGCCGACAGCCCUCGUCUUUGGUGCCCCCCUACGGGCAGCCUGCGCAGAACGUAUACCUUAACGUUAACCCAGCGCCUUACUAUGGAGACUACACAUCGUCUGGAGGUGGCGGCAUUCCUUCAUCGGCGGGCGGCCCGGGACCGAGCUACUAUGCCCACGCAGAACCAAGCGGGUUGCCUAUGGCCGCUGCCCCGUCAUACUCUCAGAGUCCCUAUUAUCAGCCCCCCUCAUACUGCACCUACUGCAGAUACCCUUUCUCGCAGUGCCAAUGCACUCGUUUCCGUUGA